CUGUCCUCACCAAACUUGGCUCCUCCUGCCAACUGGUCCGACCCGCCUGACGAUAUCAAAUUCAGUCUGUUAGAGAUGAUGCUGGAGUCUUCUCUGUCAGACCUGAGGGACUCUCAGGGUGUCUCUCUACCAUACUUCCCCAGUCUGCUGCGUCUCCUCAGGCUGCUCCAGGACUUCCUGUUCUCAGAGGGAACAGACAACCAGACCCUGUGGAGCGAGAAGAUCUUUGAGGGGGUGGUGAACCUCCUGGACAGACUACAGGCGUGGCACAGCACCCCUGGUACCCCCGGGGCUCUGGAGCUCAGAGAGAUGGCUCAGAUCGGCCUGCGCAUCAUCACAGGCUACAUCCAGCAACAGGACUCACAGGUGUCUGUAAUGGCCUGCGUUAAACUCCACAGCCUCCUGCAGACAGUUCUGUCUCUGGGCUGGGACGAGGUGUGCUUCCUGCUGGGGCGACUAGGUGCCCCCCUGUGGCCCGGCGGGGUAAUGGAGGCGGGCCCCAACGGAGGACAAACGGAGACCUUUUCUCAGCUGGUGCCCAUCGUGCGUACCCUCCUGGACCAACACGCUGACCCCGUGACCCUGCACGGCCUGCUGCCCAGCCUGCCAGUCACCAACGGCAGCCCCACCUUCGCCCAGGACCUCCAGAGCUAYAGCCACACAGUAGAGUGGCUGGACUUCUACCAACGCCACGUGCAGCCCACCAUGGAGCAGUAUGAACUGGAUCAGUUUGGGAAGAGUCAUGACCUCAUGUCUAACUUCUGGAACUCGUGCUUUGAUGACCUGAUGAGCACUGCCCUACGGCGGGACAAGGAGAGGACCUACAGCAAAGACAAGUUCCAGGUAAACGAUGCUAGUAGUAGGCCUGGUACUCCUAUGAGGUCAUAGUACAGCCCACUGUCCUCCAUUAUGACAUAACCUCCAUUAUGACAUAACCUCCAUUAUGACAUAACCUCCAUU